AUGAGUGAACGUCGCAUCCAGGGCCGUCGCCGCUCGUCGACCCUGCAUUACCAAACCUUUGAUACAACCCCACCCAAGUCGCGUGGCCGUCCUAUUUCGCCGAUGGGAUCUCCCGGCGAUGACUGUGCGCCUUCCAAUGAGGCCCCGGCGCCUAGCCACCAGCAAGCUCGGUCCCCAUUGCCUAUGAAACAGAUGGCUGUACUGGCGUUUAUCGCUCUGGCUGAGCAAACCGCCUUGAAUUCGAUCAGUCCAUAUUUGCCAGACAUGGCUUCGGCCUUUCCCGAAGUGGAGCCUAGCCAAGUUGGUGUCUAUGUGGGAACAAUCGCAUCGGCAUUUGCGUUAGCCCAAUUUGCCACAAACUACUUCUGGGGCGCACUGUCCGACCGUAUUGGCCGAAAGCCUGUCAUACUUCUCGGCACCCUUCUGACCGCAAUGUGUUUCGUUGGCUUCGGAUUCUGCAAGACUCUGGGCCAAGCAAUUGCGGUCCAAGCACUGAUGGGACUGGUAAAUGGCAACCAGGGCUUAGUAUCAACCUGUCUGGGCGAAAUUACAGACCGCAGCAACCAGUCAAAGGCCUUCACUUACCUUCCCGUUCUAUAUGGAAUCGGAGGUAUAACGGGCCCACUCGUAGGAGGGCUGUUGGUGUUUGACAAAAUUCCAUUCACCAAGAAAGCGAAUCCAUACCCCUACCUUGCUCCGAAUCUGUUCUCUGCCGCUGUCCUUCUUGUGGAUUUCGGAGUGACGGCCUUUUUCAUGGAGGAAAGCUUGGAAGACGCAGGGCCGUUACCUCAGUUUGGCAAAAAGAUCAGCAGGAAGGUCCGCCAUCUUUUCACCUGGCUAUGGCAAUUUACUGGACUCUCGCAGCAUCCGACCUACCUUCGGGUUUCAAACCCUACUCUCGACGAUACCGAUACAGCCGAGGAGGGCGAAGAUCACGACAGUGACUUGGAUUCGGCUUCGGAGAUUUCUGACCGAGUCAUGCUGCACGAACCAUUGACAUGGAGCGAAUUGUUUACGCGCGACACCGUCCUACUGCUAUUGACUUACCUGAUAUUUGCCUUGUGUAACGUCUCAUUCAAUUCUUUGUUCCCCAUCUUUACGCAAGCCAAACCACCAGCGGGACGCAAUCUCACUCCAAGGGAGAUUGGCCUGUCUCAGGGCUUUGCUGGUCUGGUGACGAUACUUUUUCAGAUCUGCGUCUUUAAUCGCCUUCGUGGCAAGAUGGGUAAUCGGUGGUCGUAUCGUGCUGGCCUUUUCGGCUUUGGAAUUUCUUUCCUAUUGAUGCCUUUCGUCGGGUACAAGGGCGAGACCGGCGAUGGAUUCACACGCCAAUACAUAGUGUUGGCUGUUGAGUUAUGCUCAGUGCUUCUGAUUAAGACUGUCGCCUCUGUAGGUGGUCUGACCAGUGCUCUAUUGCUAAUCACCAACACCGCACCGAACCAUGCCGUCUUGGGUGCUCUCAAUGGCCUUGCGCAGACUCUUUCUGCUGCUGGACGCUCUGUUGGACCCUUCUUAUCUGGAGGCCUCUUCACACUGACAGCCAAGAUCCAACCAUAUGGUGAAGCCUGGGCCUUUGGUGUCUUCGGGGCCGUGUCUUUCGUCGGAUUUCUCUUGAGUUUUGGCAUCCGUGGCCAGGCUCUUGAAGCCGAUGGCUUGCCUGAUAACGCAAGCUUCAAGUCCGACACAGACUAG